AUGAAGGAGUUACGUCGAUCGACGACGCUGCGACAUCAAGGGCUGCUGAGAUCCCAGCAGACGACAGUGUCACGAAGUUGCAGUCAGCGCCAACUGAUGCCGACGACUCCUCAUAGCAUGCCCAAUAUACUGGCCGAUUCCUCUUCUCAAGACCACCCUAACCAUGGUCGCCAAACAACAAAUAACCAUCCCCAUCAAAAUCUGCAAGCCCGUUCACGCAACCGAGAUAUGUUUCCUCACUCUCCGAGGAAGGGAUGGACUCAUACCCUUCGUGAUCGCAAGUUCAGGGAUAGACUGAGCCCUCUUGGGACUCAUGGGAAUGCCCAUGAUGUGGCAAAUGAAAAUUCAGUACCAAAGGUUCAAGAACAGCAGAGUAGCAAGCCUCCGUUGAAAUCACGUAUGUUGAGGAUGGUGAAGAAGUAG